AACGGUUCGAAGAAAGGGCGACAGAAUGAACGUGUCGUGGCCUGCAAACCGAUUGAAGGAUGACGACUCGAUCUCGCCAGAGGAGCAUACGUUCCUGGAUAAGUUAUUUGCCGCUCGCAGCGACCAGCCGCUCAUGGCGAAGUGGGUCGUCCAGCACAAAGGAAAGGCAUCGUUCACGCGACGCAUGCUUGUGGUGUCCAAAUAUCGAUGCAUCACACUUAAACCCCCCGGGCUUGGUGGGAAGCUCAAAGUGUCCAAAGACUGGUCCUUCUUGGACUUAUUGAAAAUCCAAGUCGAGCAAUCCGACACGACAACGGCUAUCAAGGCCAUCUUUAGCGGCGGUCGGAUCCUUCAUAUUGACCCCGGGAUGCAUUGCGCAGAUGUCGUGCGUACGAUUCAGCAUCGUAUCCACAAGCUCGUCGACGCAUUCCACUUCAGUGGCAGGCCAAAGUUUGCACUUCCAUUGAAUUGGGACGCAUUCUGCACCGACAUGAGCGACAAGGACAAGCUCGUCGAAGCAUUUAUAUCCUUUUUAUGCGUCUUCUUCUGUCGCUAGCCAUUGAUCUAUUACACUUCCUUGACCAAUGUGAUUACCAUGCUUGCUGUGAUUUCUACCUCGUGCCUUUUCGAGGUGACAUUGCGACCAAGCUCAAAGCCGCCAUGGACACGACCCCAAGCGUCGCAGAUUUUGAGCAUUGCAUUGUUGGCAUGGCGGAGACGUCCAAGCCGGCGGACUGCGGCAUCGCGCUCGCGUUGUUGCGGACCUUGCAACAUUCUCGUCACUUCCACAGUGUUGUCGUCCGGGGCUUUCCGAUUGGGGACGACGGGAUUUCAAUGGCAUUUCAGACGCUGGAGCAGCCGCAUCCUGUUCUCUCCAGCAUUCGCCUGUCAAACGUUCUCGCGUCCAGAGGGGGAUUGCAGGCAUUGGAAUCUGCUGCCAAGACCAAACACCAAUCUCCGUCGGAAUGGACGCUAACCUCGUUGGACUUGUCUGACAACAGCAAAUGGGCCAAGGAAUCCGUCGUGGCUUUGGUGUCCGCCUUGAAAGCGUUUCCGUCGCCGCUACGGGUGCUGAACUUGGCGCAUUGUCAUUUGACCCACUUGAUGCCGCUUGUGGCGGUGCUCGCGCAACCAUCGUGGGCUGCGACGCUAAGGACUCUGGACCUGUCGUUCAACCCGAUGGACGCUGACGCCACCGCGGGGUUGACAGGGUGGUUGUCGCAGGUCAAAGUUCUGCAGCAUCUCAACUUGGCUGGCACUGGGAUCGACACGUUCCAAGUCAUCAACGCUUUGAAACGCAAUGCGCCGCUGUACAAGUCGGCUCUAAUGGCGCUAGAUUUGUCGUACAAUACGCUCAAACCCACGACGGCAGCCGCCUUGGGGGAGAUGUUGGAGACAACUCAGUCGUUUACGUCCUUGGUCCUCCGAAACGUGAAACCAGCCCUCGCGAGCCCGACUCUGUCGACGAUCCUAUCGCCGUGGUUCCAGAACCCCCACUUUGCCACGCCAUCCCGUGCGAGUGAUUUGGCGCUGUCGUUGGAUUUGAGUGAAAACAACUUGAGUGGCGGCGGCGGCACGCUCCUGGCCGACCUCAUCAGUCGAUCCCCCCGCCUCCGUCGCGACGUGCUCAAGCUCAACCAAUGCACAUUGCAUGACGAUUCGCUGGAUGCGAUUGUGGUGGCAGUAGCUCAAUGCGACUCGCUGUCGGCCCUCCACUUAGAGGACAACGACGGCAGCCCCCCGCCCAAGUCGAUUUUUUUCUCGUCGCCUGCCGUCCUGCGUCACGCUCCCGGCGACGCGUUCGUUAAGGUGCUGACCAAGCAAGUGCAGCUCAAAGAACUAUACCUGAGCAACUCCCAUCCCCAAUCAAGGUACCCGCUGGCCCUCCUUCGGGCCGUGGUGCACUCGCUCGGCACCACCAACUCGACGCUGGAAGUGCUCGACAUUUCUGGCAACGGCGGCGGCGACGACGUGGCCAAAUGCGUAGCGGCGGUGCUGCCCAAGACGUCGUGCCUCCGCGCGCUGUUUUGGGAUGGCAACCACACGACGCUGGCUGGAUUCCGCCUGGUGCAAGAGGCGCUGCGGCGCAACCAAUCGCUGCGGAUCAUGCCCGUGCCCGUGCAAGAUACUCGUCGCCUGUUGGACCGUCGAGACCCCCAGCGAGAAGCGCUGUUUGCAGUACUGGGCUCCAUGUGCGAGAGCAUCGAGCGCAACCAAGCGACGGUCGAAACACACGAGGGGCCAACGGGCGUCAUGUCGUCGAUGGUGUUUCGGGACGACGCGUACGACAAGGCCGACGUGAUGCGGCGAUCGUGGCUGCAAAGCGGUCCAGCCGACUUGCGGCAAAGCUGGUCCCGCGGCCUGGACGCUUUGAGUGCUGUUCCACCGUCGUCAGACAACAACUACACUAGCCACUCGGUGGAUGCAUGAAAACAGUGUUAACGUAUUAACGCGAGGGUUGAGUACAUAUGUCUAUGCUACACUCCGCGAAGGCUGCCACGACGACACACCCUCUGCUUAUUCCUUGUGCAGGUUGCCAGCGAGAAAUAAUUUAUUCAAGCUCUUGCCGGCGUAUCGGUUGAUGUUUUCGCAGUACGUGUUCAUUUGCUUCGUGAUGAGCAGCGACUCCAAGCGGCUCGGCUGGCUCAACGACUUCAACAAGCUGUUCGGGUCUUCCUCUGCCAGCACGUCUUCGCCGUUGUCGCGGCGGACUUUGUUCUCGUCCCGUCGCUUCUGCACCAGCUGCUGGUGCUGCGCGCGCUGCUUGGCCACCGCACGUUCGUAGCCCUGGAAUUUGUAGUGUUCUUGGGCCAGCUCAUCCGCCCACGCACUCAGGUUUUGCAGGCUGCUCUCAAAGUACCCGUUCGUGGCCAGGUCGAGCCGGUCGAACUCCGAGUCCGUGAGCUUUUGCGCGUGCAAGUCGGCCAAGUACACGUGUACGAGGUCCGAGUUGUUGAUGUGGAUGGGGAUUUCCUCGAGCAAGUUGGCCGAUCGGAUGUCGGCCUUGGCGAACGCUUCCUUUGUAAACACUUGCGACUUGUACUGGUCGAAGAACGCGCUCGUGAGGCGGAACGCCUUGAUCGCGAGCGUUCCCUUGGUGGUUUCUACGGGGUCGUACACGAUGCAUAUCGCGUUCUGACCGAGGUUCCGCUGGUACUGGAAUUGGUACUCGAUCGUGGCAGUGGUCGAAAACGUGCUGUUCAGGGCGCUUUGGUACCACCCGACCUUGUUGUUGUCCAUGUUCACUUCGCGCAAGUUCUUCAUCAUGUCAAUUUGAUACUCGUCGCUGGCGGUCGAGUACUGAAGGUUCUUGUCCUUCGAGGUCGGGGACGAUGGCAUGUUCGACGGUUGGGCUUGGACGGCGGGCGAAGGGAAGCAGUUGGUCACUUCGAGGGUAUCAUCGGCUUCGAGGCCCAAGAGCGAACCGGCCACAGAUCGCGGCAAGCUUUCAUGGCAAUGCUUGAUGAUUUGGAGGACCACCAGGCCUUCCAGCUGCACCUUGUCGAUGCGUGUUUGCACGAAGUCAGCGGCGUCACUCAUGUCUACGAUGUAUUCCGACCGCGAAAAUCGCUG